CCUGUAGUGCUAGAACAAGCCCUAGCAUUAGCACAAAAAGAUGUUUGAACACCCUUUAUAUCCCUCUUUUUGCGCUAACAAUACUAAUAGUAACAAUAACAAAAGCAAAUAAAACCACAAUAAGUAACAAAUAAAAGCAAAAUAAUAUAAAAACAGCAACAGAAAAAUCACCGUGGCAGGGUGGCUUCCCUAAAACCAGAUGACCUUCACUGGUUGAUGGGAGAUCAAAGAACAGGCUAGGCAUAGCCACUGCAAAAUAAUCAGAAGAAGGCUAGGACUGGGGAGGGCAGCUAUGAGAGAACUAGAAAAGGUCCUCAAAUGCAAAGAUGUAUUACUGAACACUAAAGCCAGGAUCAUUCAGACCAUGGUAUUCCCAGUCUCUAUGUAUGGAUGUGAAAGUUGGACAGUGAAAAAGGUGGAUAAGAGAAAAAUCAAUUCGUUUGAAAUGUGCUGGAGGAGAGCUUUGUGCAUACUCUGGACUGCAAAUUGGGUGUUGGAACAAAUUAAACCAGAACUGUCACUAGAAGCUAAAAUGAUGAAACUGAGUUUAUCAUACUUUGGAAACAUCAUGAGAAGACACGAUUCACCAGAAAAGACAAUAAUGCUGGGAAAAACAGAAGGGAGUAGAAAAAGAGGAAGGCCAAACAAGAGAUGGAUUGAUUCCAUAAAGGAAGCCACAGACCUGAACUUACAAGAUCUGAACAGGGUGGUUCAUGACAGAUGCUCUUGGAGGUCACUGAUUCAUAGGGUUGCCAUAAGUUGUAAUCGACUUGAAGGCACAUAACAACAAAAGAUUUGACCAGUUUUCUAUCUUUAUAGCUGUUGAAAAAAAAGUUGGAUGUUGGCUUAAAGUUAAACACUAACAGAACUGUGUAACAUUCCUGUUUCAACAGGGGUAAAAAUAUAAGAAUGAAGGUAUCCAAUAUCAGUAUUUCCUAGAACACUUCUAGAUCAAGCCAUUAUUUCAAUACCAUAGCAAAGGAACAUGCUUUCAGCUGAUAAGUUUUACCCAUUGCCCUAGGAAACACAGUCCAAAGAGAAUGUUGUGUUUAAUUGCAAAACCUUCACAAGAGGUCAUGUUUACUUGUUACCUUUUUGACUACAGUUUCCAUCAUCAGCUCAGAAUUUGGUCUACCUAGCCAUAUGUCUCUGUAUUUUUUAAGGUCUGAGAAACAGAAUAGUAGGGGAAAUCUACCUUGCUGGAAAACACACAAAUGUGGAAAGGAGGGGCAUGUUGCAGUUGUACCCCAUUAUUAAACUGUGUUUAGAAAUAUAAUAGAAAAUAAAUAAAAAGCAGGGUGCUGUGACAUAGAAUGAAUGUUUAAGGGUACUUUCCCUGAGCAUUAUGGCGCAUAAAAAUAAUUUAUCGCCUUCUAUUGAUAGCAAGAGUUGCAAUCCAGUCUUUUUUUUUUACUGAGCCUUAUUUACUUCACAAGAACUUAGUUUCAACAAGUAAGCUUAGCAUCACAUACAAAUUGUAAGAAGUAGAUAGAAAAAGCCAAGAACUACUUCUUGAGUUUUAAUAAAGCUUGGACCAACUGAAUCACUCUGAAACUAUCACACCAACAAUGAAAGAGGAAUAUUUAUGUAGAAGUUUAGUUUCCCUGUUUCUCAUAAAAACAAGAGAGGUGCUCUCAAGCUAAAAACAUCUAUUUCUUUAAAUUUGUCAGCUAAUUAUGUUGUAGACAUUUUAGAUAUAUUCACAGUAUUAUUAAUAUGCUGCUUUUUGACUCUAAAAAGACUCCUCCCCAAAACACUAGAAAAAUACAAUAAAAAAUGAUAACAGAAUAAAACAACAGCACAAUCAGCAAGGAAAAAGCUAGAUUGUUUUUUAAAAACUGUGUCUAAGGCUUGAAAGGGAGGGAAUUUGGUAUGGCAACAGAAAAGUCACAGCAUCCCCAAAAGAAUCCUGUAAAGUGUAAUUUGUUAAGGAUGCUGAGAGUUGUUAGGAGACCCCUUCACAGAUGUAUAACUCCCAGCCUCCUUAACAAACUACAGUUCACAGGAUUCUUUGGAGCAAGCCAUGACAAAGGGGUAUCAGAGUUGCGCUUUAAACAUAUGGUGUGGAUGUGACGCUUGUGUCACUUCACAAGCAGCUGUACCUCUGAAAGAGAUUGGAUGCAGAGUCAGGCCUCUGAUGUUGAACCCAAUGGGCAGGCAAGAUCUUAUGGAAGUGCUUUAAAUUAUCCUGGCCUCACACCAUUUAAGGUUUUCUAGAUGAGAGGCAGCACUUUGAAAGGAUACAACAGAUCCUUUAAUGAACUUGAUUGGCACUAGACUAAAUGGGUCUCACAAGGACAACAUGGCACAGCCUUCUCCCCUCCCCACCCCACAAAUGACUCUAGUGAAGUAGUGUUCAACUUUUUCAGACCUAGGAGGACCCACCAAACUUGCAUUUGGGAACCCAUUUCUUAAUUUCCCCCCAUUUAUUUGUAAAGUGUUAGUGCUGCUGUUGUGAACCACCUUAUAUCACAUUGCUGUAAACUGCCCAGAGAGCUUCGGCUAUGGGGCGGUAUAUACAUGUAACAAAUAAAACAAAUAAAUAAUAAAUAUUGUGAACCAGUAGUGGAUCCAGACCCACCAGUCAAUGCCUUGGUGUAUUUUUAUUCCUCUUUCCUCCAUUUGAUGCCUCAGGGGAAGGGGAAGUGAGAAGGAUCCAGACUAAAGUUUUCUCUAGCCCAACAACUAAUUGGGACCUCUAAAAUAUAACAGUUUACCUGGAUUUUCAAAGCUGUCAGUGCUGCCAGUUCAGGUAGGAGGACAUUGGGAGCACAAUAUUAAUUUGCAUUGUAUUUCUAUAUGUAACUUUCCAUUUUUGAAGAUAUAUUAUUUUACUCUUGCUACACAAAACGUCUUAGAAAAAUUCUAGCAGAUUUCCCCCCAAAAAUCACCUCUUGAAGCUAAUGCAUCAAACACAUUUCCCUUUGUUUAUUUUUUACGUCAUUGAAAUAUGUUUCCAAGGGAUGCCUGAUGCCACAUGUACCACUUACACAAAGCAAAUAUUACAGAUCACUAUAUAAAAGCUUUCAACACUGCCCCUCCAUUAGUUCAUACAUACAGGAACUAUUAGGUAAGAAACUUUUCCACCUCUUGCUUAGCUUUGUUUUUCCACUUAAACGAAUACUAGUUAAAAAAUUAUACUGAGUGUAUUAAUAUACAGUAAGGCCCCGCUUUUUGGCGUUCCGCUAAUACGGCAGCUUUCAGUUAGAGUAAGGCCCCACUCAUACAGCGCUUGUUCUGCUUUUACGACAUUUGUCGGGCGUCGGGCACCAUUUUAUUGACGGAGUUCCGCUUUUUGGCAGGUUUCGCUUCUAGGAGGGGGUCUGGAAUGUAACGCGCCGUAUGAGUGGGGCCCUACUGUAUGGGAUCCUGGCUGUAUGUGCCAAUUUUUAUAAAAUUAAGAACUAAUUAACACUUGGACGGCUUAUAUGACUGGCUUACUGGCUGUAUCUUUCGGUAUUUAAAACAAAUAAGUUUCUUUAGAAUGUCCCAGCUUUCUCUGUGUUAUUUACAGGUUGAUACAGUCUGAAUCGUAGGCAUCUUUUAAAUACAAUUAUGUUUGCCAGAACCAUGAUGGUUGGAGUGCUCCUUAUCUGUUCUCUCUGGAUAGAGACUACUAUAGCUGGCUCCAGCUUUUUAAGUCCUGAACAACCAAUAACACAGCGAAAAGUCCCUUCAAAACCUACCACGAAGUUCCAUCGCCGAGAUGCAGAAGCAUUUUUGGAUGUCCAUGGAAGUGAGAUUGAGAGAGACAGCAACAAAAUAGAAAUCAAGUUUACUGUUCCCUUUGAAAUUGGCAUGAAAAUCUCAGAAGAGCAGUACAAAGACUAUGGACCAAUAUUGGAGAAACUUCUGGAAGACAUACUUGUUGAAGACAAUCGAGGGGGGACUGUCAUCUGGAAAAAGAGCUGCAAGUCUAGAAUGAAGUUAGCUGGAUGCUAUCAACUGCCUCCUGCAUUUGUUACAUGACCUUGUGUUCAUUUAUCAGUUUCUA